AAACUCUGUGAAUUUGUGAGUCAUUAUUCGUUUGGAAAGCCUCAUUGCCACGUCUUUUCAACGUCUAUCAAACUUACAUUUUAAUUCUUUUUUAAGUAUUACAUUUUAUAAAAAAAUCAAUCAAAAUGCGUGAGUGUAUCUCCAUACAUGUUGGACAAGCUGGUGUACAAAUUGGUAACGCUUGUUGGGAAUUGUAUUGUUUGGAACAUGGAAUCCAACCUGAUGGUCAAAUGCCCUCUGAUAAAACUAUUGGAGGAGGAGAUGACAGUUUCAAUACUUUCUUCAGCGAAACUGGUGCAGGAAAACACGUACCCCGUGCUGUGUUCGUUGACUUGGAGCCAACUGUAGUCGAUGAGGUUCGUACUGGCACUUACCGUCAAUUAUUCCACCCCGAACAACUUAUUACUGGUAAAGAAGAUGCUGCAAACAAUUAUGCCCGUGGUCAUUACACUAUUGGAAAGGAAAUCGUUGACUUGGUACUCGACCGUAUUCGUAAACUUGCUGAUCAAUGUACCGGAUUACAAGGUUUCUUGAUCUUCCACUCCUUCGGUGGUGGUACCGGAUCAGGAUUCACCUCCUUGUUGAUGGAACGUUUAUCAGUUGACUACGGAAAGAAAUCAAAAUUGGAAUUCGCUAUCUACCCAGCACCACAAGUAUCCACCGCUGUUGUCGAACCAUACAACUCUAUCUUGACUACUCACACUACUUUGGAACAUUCCGAUUGUGCAUUCAUGGUUGACAAUGAGGCUAUCUACGACAUUUGCCGCAGAAACUUAGACAUUGAACGUCCAACAUACACAAACUUAAACAGACUUAUUGGACAAAUCGUUUCAUCCAUCACUGCAUCCUUACGAUUUGAUGGUGCCCUUAAUGUCGAUUUAACUGAAUUCCAAACUAACUUGGUACCAUACCCACGUAUUCAUUUCCCAUUGGUAACAUAUGCUCCAGUCAUCUCAGCUGAAAAAGCUUACCAUGAACAAUUAUCGGUUGCCGAAAUCACCAACGCAUGUUUCGAACCAGCCAACCAGAUGGUUAAAUGUGACCCACGUCACGGAAAAUACAUGGCAUGUUGUAUGUUGUACCGUGGUGAUGUCGUACCAAAAGACGUUAACGCAGCUAUUGCCACAAUCAAAACAAAACGUACAAUCCAAUUCGUAGAUUGGUGUCCAACUGGUUUCAAAGUUGGUAUCAACUACCAACCACCAACUGUUGUACCAGGUGGUGACUUGGCUAAAGUACAACGUGCAGUAUGCAUGUUGUCCAACACUACAGCUAUUGCUGAAGCUUGGGCUCGUUUAGAUCAUAAAUUCGAUCUUAUGUACGCUAAACGUGCUUUCGUACAUUGGUAUGUCGGUGAAGGUAUGGAAGAAGGUGAAUUCUCUGAAGCCCGUGAAGAUUUGGCCGCUCUCGAAAAAGAUUACGAAGAAGUUGGUAUGGAUUCAGGAGAAGGUGAAGGCGAAGGUGCCGAAGAAUAUUAAACAGGAGAAUCCAAAUAAUACAGUGGAAUUGUUUUUAUAUUUAAAAUAAUGAAUUGAAAUUCCGUUGCAUGUCAAAUCAUUCCGAUACAAGUUUGAUUAUUUUAAAAAUAAAGAUGAUUUUGGUACACAGCAUUGAAAA